AUGCUGGAUGCGGUUAACAAGCAGCGUGCUGCGGCGGGUCUGUCGAAGCUGUGCACGAACUCAAAGCUCCAGUCGGCAGCCCAACGUCACUCGGACGACAUGGCAGCCAAGGAUUACAUGAGCCACACAGGCUCCGAUGGAUCCUCCAUGUCGGCACGCAUCUCGGACUCGGGCUACUCGUGGACGGCCAUCGCGGAGAAUGUUGCGGCGGGCCAAACCGACGUGGACGCGGUGAUGACGGCUUGGAUGAACUCUGCCGGUCACCGAGCGAACAUUCUCAGUAGCAAGGUCACCAUGUUCGGGUGUGCGUACGCGUACAACGCCGACAGCACGUACCAGCACUACUGGACGCAGGACUUCGGCGCCGGCAGCUCGGAGUCGUGCUCCUCGUAA